AGAUCCUGCCCCCGGCCACCCCCCACCACCAAAGCUGCCAAAAAUCCCCCCCUUUUCCUUCCAUAUUCUUCUCUUUUCCUCCUCCUCCUGCUCUCUCCGAGUCCUCCUCCUCUUCUCCAAUGGCUUCGUCUGCUCUUCUCUUCUUCUCACUCUCUCUCUUUUUCUUUUCUGUCUUCUCCUCCGAGUCCUCCGACUUACUCCUCCUCUUGGAGAAGAUAAAGCCAGCGCUUCAGGGCCCUUCCUCACCGGAGAACCUCCAGCUCUCCUCCUGGAAAGUCUCCACCCCGCUCUGCCUCUGGCGAGGCCUCCAAUGGACGUCCUCAACCGCCGGCGGCGCUCCUCUCCCCUGCCACGAAGCCGCCGUCCGCUCCAACCGCUCCCUCGCCGCGGACCCCUCCCUUCAGCUCCUCUCCAUCCACCUCCCCGCCACCGCCCUCGCCGGAUCCAUCCCCCCGGAGAUCGGUGACCUUCCCUUCCUCCAGUCCCUCUACCUCGGCGUCAACUCCCUCUCCGGCGCCCUCCCUCUCGAGCUCGGCAACUCCCCUUCCCUCUCCGACGUCGACCUAUCCGGCAACUCCCUCUCCGGCGCACUCCCCAUUUCCUUCUGGAACCUCUGCGACCGCCUCGUCUCCCUCCGCCUCCACGGCAACAACUUCUCCGGCGCGGUCCCCGACUCAGCCGUCUCCAAUUCCUCCUGUGACCGCCUCCAAGUCCUCGACUUGGGCGCCAACCGUUUCGAUGGAGAGUUCCCCCAGUUCAUCGCCGGCUUCCAUGGCUUGAAAGAACUCGACCUCGGCAGCAAUAGAUUCUUCGGACAGAUACCAGCGCCGCUCGCUAGGCUGGGAAACCUGGAAAGAUUGAACCUUUCCUACAAUAACUUCACCGGGCCGCUGCCGGAGGCCUUCGAGCGGUCCAAAUUCGGUGCGGCGGCCUUCCAGGGGAACAGCCCCGGGCUGUGCGGCCCACCCCUGAAGAAAUGUGGCUCGCGAUUCAGCCUCACCUCCGGAGUGAUUGCCGGAUUGGUGAUCGGACUGAUGACUGGGGUCGUGGUCGUCGCGUCGGUGUCCAUCGGGUGGGUGCAGGGAAGGAAGAGGAGGAAGAGAGGAGAAGAGGAGGAGAUGGAGAUGGAGGAGGAUGGCAACAAUGGUGGUGAGGGGAAGCUGAUGGUGUUCCAGGGCAGUGAGCAUCUGACGCUGGACGACGUGCUGAAUGCCACCGGCCAAGUGAUGGAGAAAACCAGCUAUGGUACGGUAUACAAGGCGAAGCUCGCUGACGGAGCUACCAUUGCGCUUAGGUUAUUGAGAGAAGGCAGCUGCAAGGAUGUGGCUUCGUGCUUGCCUGUAAUCCGGCAGCUCGGUCGAGCGCGGCACGAGAACUUGGUUCCCCUGAGAGCCUUCUACCAGGGGAAACGAGGAGAGAAGCUCCUCAUCUAUGACUACCUCCCUGAUAGAACUCUUCAUGAUCUCCUUCAUGAAAAUAGAGAUGGAAGGCCUGUGCUCAAUUGGGCUAGAAGGCACAAGAUAGCACUGGGAGUGGCGAGGGGGCUUGCCUACCUUCACGCAGGGCAUGAGACGCCGACGAUCACCCAUGGAGAUAUUCGGUCCAAGAACGUGCUCGUCGAUGAGUUCUUCGUGUCGAGGCUCACCGAGUAUGGGCUUCACAGGCUGAUGGUGCCGGCGGUGGCUGAUGAAAUGGUGUCUGCUGCAAAAUCUGAUGGCUAUAAGGCACCCGAGCUGCAGAAGAUGAAGAAGUGCAGCUCGAGGACGGAUGUGUAUGCUUUUGGGAUACUGCUGUUGGAGAUUCUAACGGGCAAGAAGCCUGGGAGUGGAAGGAGUGAGGGCCAAUCGGACUUGCCAUCCUUGGUCAAGGUGGCGGUGCUGGAGGAGGCAACGAUUGAGGUGUUCGAUGUGGAGAUCUUGAAGGGGAUCAGAAGCCCAACGGAAGAUGGGUUGGUGCAGGCAUUGAGGUUGGCAAUGGGAUGCUGUGCUCCAGUGGCAUCAGUGAGGCCAGGCAUGAAUGAAGUGGUGAAGCAGUUGGAGGAGAACAGGCCGAGGAGCAGGUCUGCUUUAUAUAGUCCUACUGAUACUAGGAGUGAGAUAGACACACCCUUAUGAGGGCUACCAAGAGGUGCUUCAUUCCUUGGUAUCUUUGAUUGUAUUAGUUCUUAUAGCCCUUCCAAAGGGAAGGAGGUGGUCAUAGAUUGAAGAAGAGGGCAAGUGUUUUGAUCCUUUGAUGUUGAUGAUGAUGAUUCUAGUUUGGAAUAAUAUGGCAGCUAUAUUUAUGUACAUGCGAGAGAGGGAUGUUUAACUUAAAAUCUUUUGAUAUUUGAUUUGUAUUGGUAGGAAGAUGCUCAGACCGGCAUUGAAAACUUCAUUUACUUUGAUCAUGACAUUUAGAAUUCUCUUUAUGGAGCGGUUUGGCCUUUGAGAGGAACCACCAGUAACAUAUCAUCCAAAUUAUGAAACCAGAUUGAUGGAGAGUAUACUAUUUGUAAGCCAUUAUAUAUGGAAAUGACAAUGUACCUGAA